AGCGUAGAGUCGUGUCACGACAGCGCGGUCUCGUUUCUCCAACUCAAAAAAAAUUGCUGACUUCUUCCGAUCACCAUCUUCCCCGCCGGUCGGCGACCUCAAGCUCUGCACCGGCCAUCGGAGCUUUCUAGAAGCGACCGGAGCCUCUCGGAAUAUGGAAGCUCACGGGAGCUCGCCGAUCCUGCUCCACAACGCCAUGAUCGUCACCAUGGACCCCCAGAGCCGCGUCUACGGCAACGGCGCCGUCGUCGUCGACCGCGACCGGAUCACUGCCGUCGGCCAUUCCCUCGACUUCCUCCGCCGGUUCGGCGACGCCGCCGGCGAAGUCAUCGACCUCCGCGGCCAGAUUCUGCUCCCAGGUUUCGUCAACACGCAUGUGCACACGUCUCAGCAGCUGGGUCGAGGGAUAGCCGACGACGUCGAUCUGGUGACUUGGCUGCACGACCGGAUAUGGCCUUACGAGGCCAGCAUGACCGAGGAGGAUUCCUACAUUUCCGCUCUGCUCUGCGGAAUCGAGCUCAUUCACUCCGGUGUCACUUGCUUUGCCGAGGCUGGAGGACAGCACGUUCCUGGAAUGGCUAGAGCGGUGGAAUCGCUGGGCUUACGCGCGUGCUUGGCUCAGUCUGUCAUGGACUCCGGUGAGGGUUUGCCGGCAUCUUGGGCUGCUCGAACUGCAGAGGAUUGUAUCCAGUCACAGAAGGAGCUCUACGAAAAGCAUCAUAAUACUGCUGAUGGACGUAUUAGGAUAUGGCUUGGCAUCAGGCAAAUUAUGAAUUGCACUGAUGAACUACUACUCGCAACAAGGGAUACAGCAAGAGAAUUGAAAACCGGAAUCCACAUGCAUGUUGGAGAGAUUCCCUAUGAGAAUCAGCUGGUAACUGAGACACGGAAUGUUGAUCAUGGAACGGUAACAUACCUGGAGAAGGUUGACUUCUUACGGGACAAUUUGCUUUCAGCUCAUACAGUUUGGGUGAACAGAACUGAGGUUGGUUUUCUUUCACAUGCUGGAGUUAAAGUUUCUCAUUGCCCCGCUGCUGCAAUGAAAAUGCUGGGAUUCGCGCCUAUUACGGAGAUGCUUGACGCUGGAAUCUGUGUUUCAUUAGGAACAGAUGGCGCUCCAUCAAACAAUAGAAUGAGCAUUGUUGAUGAGAUGUACCUAGCUUCACUUAUAAACAAAGGACGUGAAGUUUUCAAAAAUGGCGUCACUGAUCCUACAGCACUUCCUGCUGAAACUGUGCUCAGAAUGGCAACAAUAAAUGGUGCCAAGUCAGUACUCUGGGACGAUGAAAUUGGUUCACUUGAGGUUGGGAAAAAGGCUGACAUGCUCGUGAUCAAUGCUUCCACUUGGCAUAUGGUUCCUCUUCAUGACUGCAUUUCUGGCCUUGUAUAUUGCAUGAGAACCGAAAACAUUGUUUCUGUGAUGUGCAAUGGUCAUUGGAUUAUGAAGGACAAAAAGAUUUUAUCAGUCGAUGAGGAGGAAGUUAUUUCACUAGCUAAGCGGGCUUCAAGUGAACUCUUGAAAAGAGCAGGCAUCAAGAUUCCAAAUAGAAUGAACAUGCUUUAGCAAGGUAUUUCUCUCUGCAGAUGUGAGCUCACGACGUCUUUGGACAGAUGCUGUUCAAAUGUUGUUUCGCUUUCCUUGGACUACUAAUUUACCUAUCAUUCCAGACUCCAGAAAAACGCUGUGGUGGGCGUGUAUUACUAGUUUUCUAUUCGUUGAGUGGUAUGGAUUUA